GUAAUAAUAAUACGCUUAUAAUUGUAUAUAUUGCAUGUAAUGUUACUAAUAAUAUUGCAAUAUAGUCAUAUAGUACAAUAUAAUAAUAUAUAAUGCUUAUAUUGUGCUGUACUAAUAUUAUAAUAUACAUAUAAUAUUGAUAAUAUUCCCAUGUAUUACAAUAUAAUAAUAAUACACUAUUAUAAUGAUAUAUAUUACAUGUAAUGUUACUAAUAAUGCAAUAUAGUCAUAUAGUACAAUAUAAUAUAUAAUGCUUGUAUUGUGCUGUACUAAUAAUAUAAUAUAUUGUAUGUACAGUAGAGUCUCACUUAUCCAACAUAAACGGGCCGGCAGAACGUUGGAUAAUCGAAUAUGUUGGAAAGAUUAAGGAAAAGCCUAUUAAACAUCAAAAUAGGUUAUGAUUUUACAAAUUAAGCACCAAGACAUGUUAUAGGUAGGAAGGCACCAUCUGAUCCCUCCUGAGAGAUGGCCAUUCAUCCUCACUGUUAUAAUUAGUUCUAUGGAGAAGUAAAGCUUUAGAGGCAUAGAAUCUUACAUUUGGAAGGGAUCCUGGAGGCCAUCUAGUCCAACCCCAGUCUGCCAUCAAAGCCCUCCCGACAGGUGAACAUCCAGCCUGUCAUAGAAUUUUAGAGUUUGAAGGGGCCCCGAAGCCCAUCGAGUCCAACCCCAGUCUGCCUGACUGGAAGGAUACUAUUAAAGCCCUCCUGACAGAAGGCCAUCCAAAAAGCACUCUCUCCUGCCGUUUCGCCCACAUUACUGACAGGCAUCCUCAGAGGUCGUGAGGUCUGUUGGAAACCAGGCAAGAGGGGUUUAUUAUCUAUCUGUGGGAUGAUGUCCAGGGUGGGAGGAAGAAAGAACUCGUGCAUGUUGGAGGCAAGCGUGAAGCAUUCUCUCCUCAUGUUUCGCCCACAACCAUGGAAGACCGCCUCGGAGGUCCAAUAUUAUUACGGUAGAGUCUCACUUAUCAAACAUAAAUGGCUGGCAGAAUGUUGGAUAAGCGAAUAUGUUGGAUAAUAAGGAGGGAUUGAGGAAAAGCCUAUUAAACAUCAAAUUACAUUAUGAUUUUACAAAUUAAGCACCAAAUCACGUUAUACAACAAAUUUGACAGAAAAAUUACUUCAAUAUGCAGUAAUACUAUGUAGUAAUGACUGUAUUUACGAAUUUAGCACCAAAACAUUGAAAAAAUUGACUACAGAAGCAUUGACUACUAAAAGGUCGAGUGCGUUGGAUAAUCCAGAAUGUUGGAUAAGCAAAUGUUGGAUAAGUGAGACUACUGUAUUCUGCGCCCAGGCUGGUACAUCCAAUGCUCCGCUAUGUUCCUUUUCUGCAUUACAGGGGCGCUCUUUACUUUUCAUACCUCUAUGUUGCUUUUCUGCAUUGCAGGGGCGCUCUUUACUUUUCAUACCUCUAGGUUGCUUUUCUGCCUUGCAGGGGCGCUCUUUACUUUUCAUACUUCUAUGUUCCACUCCUGCAUUGCAGGGGUGCUCUUUCCUUUUCAUACCUCUAGGUUCCAUUUCUGCAUUGCGGGGGUCUCUUUACUUUUCAUACUUCUAUGUUCACUUUCUGCAUUGCAGGAGCGCUCUUUACUUUUCAUACCUCUAUGUUCCAUUUCCGCAUUGCGGGGGCGCUCUUUACUUUUCAUACCUCUAUGUUCCAUUUCCGCAUUGCGGGGGCGCUCUUUACUUUUCAUACCUCUAUGUUCCAUUUCCGCAUUGCGGGGGCGCUCUUUACUUUUCAUACCUCUAUGUUCCAUUUCCGCAUUGCGGGGGCGCUCUUUGCUUUUCAUACCUCUAUGUUUUCUUUCUGCAUUGCAGGAGCGCUCUUUACUUUUCAUACUUCUAUGUUCCAUUUCCGCAUUGCGAGGGUCUCUUUACUUUUCAUACCUCUAUGUUCACUUUCCGCAUUGCAGGGGCGCUCUUUACUUUUCAUACCUCUAUGUUCUAUUUCUGCAUUGCAGGGGCGCUCUUUGCUUUUCAUACCUCUAUGUUUACUUUCUGCAUUGCAGGAGCGCUCUUUCCUUUUCAUACCUCUAUGUACCAUUUUCGCAUUGCGGGGGUGCUCUUUGCUUUUCAUACCUCUAUGUUCCAUUUCCGCAUUGCAGGGGCACUCUUUGCUUUUCAUACGUCUAUGUUUACUUUCUGCAUUGCAGGAGCACUCUUUGCUUUUCAUACUUCUAUGGUCCAUUUCCGCAUUGCGAGGGUCUCUUUACUUUUCAUACCUCUAUGUUCACUUUCCGCAUUGCGGGGGUCUCUUUACUUUUCAUACCUCUAUGUUCCAUUUCUGCAUUGCGGGGGCGCUCUUCACUUUUCAUACCUCUAUGUUCUAUUUCCGCAUUGCAGGAGCGCUCUUUAAUUUUCAUACUUCUAUGUUCCAUUUCCACAUUGCGAGGGUCUCUUUACUUUUCAUACCUCUAUGUUCACUUUCCGCAUUGCAGGGGCGCUCUUUACUUUUCAUACCUCUAUGUUCUAUUUUUGCAUUGCAGGGGCGCUCUUUGCUUUUCAUACCUCUAUGUUUACUUUCAGCAUUGCAGGAGCGCUCUUUACUUUUCAUACUUCUAUGUUCCAUUUCCGCAUUGCGAGGGUCUCUUUACUUUUCAUACCUCUAUGUUCAAUUUCCGCAUUGCGGGGGUCUCUUUACUUUUCAUACCUCUAUGUUCACUUUCCGCAUUGCGGGGGCGCUCUUUACUUUUCGUACCUCUAUGUUCCUCCUAUCCCUCCCUUUCCCGCCUCCGCCUCCGCUCUCUUCUCCCAUUGGUUGUAGUUUGGGAGGUCCCGCCCCUUUCCCCUUCCUUCGCUCCCUCAUUGGUCGAAGCGCGUCCUGGCAGAUAUGUAGUGCGGGGGCGUUUCCCAUCGUAGCCGCAAUAAUACAAAAUAAAUAAUUAUAUAAUAUCAGAGAUAUAUAGUAUUCGAGCUUAUUAAUAAUCGUUACGUAUGAUUAUGUUGUUUGAAUAUUAGGUCCAUGGAUGUGUCAGGGUUGGCGACGGAAGGGACGGGUUGUGUGAUGGACCUGCCGGGACUUGGGGGCUGGGCAAGGGGCGUGGCCUGGCGCGUGAGAGCCGGGGAAGGGAACAGCCAAGAUGGCGGCCGGGCAGUGGCCCAUGUACAUGCUGGACUACAGCGGCCUCAAUGUUCCGCUUCCGGGAGCCAUGAAUUAUUCGGACCUCAGUUUCUGAACCAGAACCUCCGAACAAAAGAAAACAAAAGAAAUAAUGAACGGUGUGUAAUUUUCGUUUGUACAAAGUGUAUAUUAUUCCAAUAUGUAUUGAUGCCUUUCAGUUUUUCCAAUGAUUUUUACACUAUAUUCCUGCUGCCAGGGCCUUUUUAAAUAAAAAAAGAAUAAGAAGGGUUGCCUUGCUCUGAAAAAUCAAA